AUGAGCGGCAACAACUUGGAUGGGAACGAUGAGUUUGAUGAGCAGUUGCGAAUGCAAGAAUUGUACGGGGGCACCAAGGACGGCGGCGCCCGGGAAGAUCCUGGCGAAGAAACUGAGGCUUUUGAGCAGCAGCCGGCCGACACCCCCUACGAGUGGGAUCUGGACAAGAAGGCUUGGUUCCCCAAGAUCACUGAAGAUUUCAUUGCUACAUAUCAGGCCAAUUACGGCUUCUCUAAUAAUGGCGCCUCUAGCUCUACUGCAAAUGUACAAGAUGUGAAUGCUAGGACUGUAGAGGAACCUUCACCAAAAAAAGCCCCUGAACCCACUGAUCCCAAAAAGAGGGGAGAAAAAAGAAAAGCCGAUUCAGGAUGGUUUCAUGUUGAAGAAGACAGAAAUACAAAUGUAUAUGUAUCUGGUUUGCCCCCAGACAUUACAGUGGAUGAAUUUAUACAGCUCAUGUCCAAAUUUGGCAUUAUUAUGAGAGAUCCUCAGACAGAAGAAUUCAAGGUCAAGCUUUACAAAGAUAAUCAAGGAAAUCUUAAAGGAGAUGGGCUUUGCUGUUAUUUGAAGAGGGAAUCUGUGGAUCUUGCAUUAGAACUUUUGGAUGAAGAUGAAAUUAGAGGCUACAAAUUACAUGUCGAGGUGGCCAAGUUUCAACUGAAGGGAGAAUAUGACGCCUCAAAAAAGAAGAAGAAAUGCAAAGACUACAAGAAGAAGCUGUCUCUGCAACAAAAACAGUUGGAUUGGAGACCUGAGAGGAGAGCUGGACCAUCACGAAUGCGCCAUGAGCGAGUUGUCAUCAUCAAAAAUAUGUUUCAUCCUAUGGAUUUUGAGGAUGAUCCAUUGGUGCUGAAUGAGAUCAGAGAAGACCUUCGAGUAGAGUGUUCAAAGUUUGGACAAAUUAAGAAACUCCUUCUCUUUGAUAGGCAUCCAGAUGGUGUGGCCUCUGUGUCCUUCAGGAAUCCAGAGGAAGCUGAUUAUUGUAUUCAAACCCUUGAUGGAAGGUGGUUUGGUGGCCGUCAAAUCACUGCCCAAGCGUGGGAUGGGACUACAGAUUAUCAGGUGGAAGAGACCUCAAGAGAAAGGGAGGAAAGGCUGAGAGGAUGGGAGAAUUUCCUCAACACUCCCGAGCCCAACAGGGGCUUUUGGCGUUCAGAUUCCGUUUCUGCUUCAGAAAGAGCAGGGCCUUCUAGAGUAAGGCAUUUUUCAGAGCACCCUAGCACAUCUAGAAUGAAUGCUCAAGAAGCUGCAAAUGAAAUGGCAGUUGAAGAAGCUGUAGAUGAAAAGAAGUUUGAAAAAACUGAAGAUGGGGGAGAAUGUGAAGAAAGUGCUUCUGAAAAAGAUGCUAAAGAAGGUGGCUCUGAAAAAGAGCCUGAAGAAUGCUGCCCUGAAAGAGAGUCUGAGGAAGGCUGCUCCGAAAGAGAGUCUGGGGAAGGCUGCCCUGAAAGGGAGUCUGAAGAAGGCAGUCCUAAAAAGAAGUCCAAAGAGAAUGGCCGUGAAAGAGAAGCUAACAGGAAGAGACCCAAAAAGGAUUAUGAAGAGAACGGUCUUGAAAAAGAAUCUGAUGAAGAUGACCCUGAAAAGGAGUCUGAAGAGGAGGGUGGCCUUCAGAAGGAGUCUGAAGAUGACUUGGAAAGAGACUCUGAAGAAAACUGCUCUGAAAAACAGUUUGAAGACGGCUCUGAAAAAGAAUUUGAAGAAAAUGGUCUUGAGAAAGAAUUUGAUGGGGAUGACUCUGAAAAAGAGUUUAAUGAAAAUGUUCUUGAAAAAGAAUUAGAAGAAAAUGACUCUGAAAAAUCAGAAUUUGAAGAUGAUGGCUCUGAAAAAGUGUUAGAUGAGGAAGGCUCUGAGAGAGAGUUUGAAGAGUCGUAUGAAAAGGAAGAAGAGGAAGAAACUUACGAAAAAGUGUUCGAUGAUGAGUCAGAUGACAAAAACGAUGAAGAUGCAGAUGAAAAAGGGCUUGAAGAUGCUGAUGAGAAGGAGGAGGAAGAUGAUGCAGAUGAAAAGCUGUUUGAAGAUUCAGAUGAAAAGGAAGAUGAAGAUGCAGAUGAAAAGUUGUUCGAAGAUGACAAUUCCAAUGAGAAGUUGUUUGAUGAGGAUUCUAGUGAGAAGUUGUUUGAUGAGUCUGAUGAGAAGGAGACUAUGGGUAGUUUGGGAAAUGUUAAGGAAGAAGGGCCCCUGUCCACAGACAGCAGCUUUGUCCUAAGUAGUGAUGACGACGAUGAUAUUUAAUCCCUUAAACUUGCUUUUUAGGGAGAUUCCUCUAUCUGCACUUGCCUAUGCUUCAGGGUAAUUACUAGUAGUGUAAUAUGAACAUGUGCAUAGUGGUAGGAUGCCAUGAGAUGAAUGCAUCAGAGUUUUCAUUGUUACAUGUACUUAUUGAUUUUUAAAUAUCUAUUAAUUGGCUGUUCAGUUAAAACUUCAUAGUCAUAGUGCAAGUAAACUGGAGACUUCUCCUUUUGUCAGAUUUGUUAAAUGCAUGCAGAAUAAUAUUUUUAAAAGUAUUCUGACUGAAGUUUGUGAUAUUCAAAAAUAAAAUAAAUUGCUAAUAUGCAGAAACUGAAAA